AUGUGCGACGUGUACAGAGUCUCCUCCUCUGUCAGAGUGGAGCAGGUGGAGGCAGAGCUGUCGCAGCAACUCUCAGCACUCAGGGCAGAAAUAGAGGAGAAUGGAUUUCCACUCAGAGCUGGCAUCUCCAAAUCAUACAGAUAUUUCCUUCUUCCGUGUGGAGAGGGAACAUGCGCUGAGGAGAGGCUUCAGGUGGCUGAAGCUUUGCCGGUUCAGUCUCAGGCUGAUGUGAUGCAGAGAGAGCUGGAGAGUUGUUUGAGUCUGGAGUACACACCUGACAGUCUGCCUCCUCUCCUGCACCAGUUUUAUACGGACAGAUCAUAUCACUUGGCUCAGAUCAAAUAUCUGCUCAUGCUGAGAUGGAGGAGAUUUUGCCGCCACACCAGUGUCAUUGAGAAGCUUUAUCCUCAUUACAAGGAUCAGGUGUCAUAUCUGACGAGUGAGUACGAGGAUGCUGUCCAGAGAUCUCGCAGGCUGUCGGCGAGCAGAGAGAAGAUCCUGACCGGUCGAGGAAACCUCACUAACCUGCUCACUCAGGACGAUGUGGUCAUUUACCUCCGGUGGCUGGUCUGUCAUCUGCACUCUGUUCAGACCAUCCACAACUUCCUCAGGGUGCUGCACUAUAUACCAGCCUGUGAAAGGAAAGAUAAAGAAAAGGAGGAGAAAACUUUACAUCAGACUCAACCUGCUGAUGGAGUUUCAGGACAAGCAGAAAAUGUUCCCCUGCACUCUGCUCACCUGGAGGAGUUUCUACCUGAGCUGCAGUCAUUAAUCACCUACUUCCAUCUGUCAUAUGACACUAGGAAGCUCAGGACCACUGCAGAUGAGAUGGAGUUGUUCAGCAUGGUGUGGAGGGAGUUCAGAUCAAUCUUCAGACAACAGGAGCAGAUGAAAACAUUUCCUCAGUACGAUGGCACAGAGGUCAAAGAGAGCCAGUGGGGGAGGAAGAGCGCGAGCAUGGCUCUGAGGAAGGAGGCCAACUGGAUCCCUUUCAUUCAGGUGAAACCCAGGCGGGAUCCAUGGCAGCAGAAGCUCAUUACAAAGCUGAAGGAAAAAAAAUCUGUGGACGAGCUGCUGAGGAUGCACUGCAGCUUUCUUCAGGUGAACAUGUCAUGA